AUGGCGUUUAACUUUAACUGGUCGCCGCUAUCGACCGAUGCCAGCUUCCUGCCUCGCGCCCAAGAGCUCCUCACGAAUACCCUGAACCGUGCGGACCCAAAGCCUACCAUUAUUGUCGACGACAUUAUUAUCAACGAGCUGAACCUCGGCGAUGUACCCCCGGAGCUCGAAAUAUUAGAGAUUAGCGAUCUUACGGAAGAUAGAUUCUAG